AUGAUUGAAGUGUUUUUAGUAAAGAUUAUCUUUUUUUGUUAUUUGUUUCAAGCGGUUGCCGCAGAUGUAGGCGAUAGUUAUGAUACAACAUGUGUAUGUGCAGAAACUUCACCUAAUGGUGCAUUUUGUUCGGCAUUCAAAUGCCAGUCAAAUCAAAUUACACACUGUUUUUCAAGUAAUUCAACUGUAGAAAUUAAAUCGACAAAAGAAUAUAAAUCAAUGAAUGAACUUAAAAUAGGUGAUGAAAUACUUGUAAAUAUUAAUAAACAUGGUCAACGUAUAUAUGAACCUAUCUAUUCAUUUAUUCAUGCAAAUCCUAAUGGAACAUAUGAAUAUUUAAAAAUUUCAGUUGAAAAUAAUUUACAACGAUCAUUAAUUAUUUCAAGUAAUCAUCUUAUCUAUCGUUAUAAUGGAAUAAAUCCUAUUUUUGCUGGACAUUUAAAAAUUGGUGAUCAAUUACAAGUUAUUUCGAAUGAUGGAUCGUCUAUACAAGCUGGAUCUAUUAUAAAUAUAAAACUUAUUAAAAGUCAAGGUUAUUAUGCGCCAUUAACACCAUGUGGAAGAUUAAUCGUAGAUGGAAUUAUUGUGUCAAAUUAUGCAACAGUAGCUAAUCAUCAACUUGCUCAUUUAGCAAUGCAACCUUAUCGAUGGUGGGUUCAAUGGAUAGGAUCAUCUUCAUAUUCUGAAUCGAUUCAUUUCUAUUGUCAAUGUUUGUAUUUUAUUGUUGAAUAUAUAAACAAAUGGUUUUUUCCCAUAGGAUUGUAUGAUGGAGUUUUAACAAUAACAAACUUCUGA